UUCACUUUAUUUCAGUGCUAUACUCAAAUUGUAAGUUGUGCUUGCGCAGUUGUGAAAAUGAAUACUAUGGGUGUGUUUUAUAACAGCGCUGCGCUGAUUUUAAUAACCUUCGUCUCAUUUUUCACAGUUUCUUACUCUUCGCCUGCCGUAUUCGAUGGAUCAUCAAAGGAUGUGAUAUCUAAUAAUACUGACGGUUCUUGUGUCAAACUUCUGUCAUCACCAGACAAAUCGAUUACAUACCACUGCAUUGGAGAGUGUUUGGAAUCUUGUACGAUUUUUGACAGAACGGUUUCUGAACAUACUGUAGCAAAAAUUUCGUGUAACCCUGGUUAUUUUUCAUUGAACGAUGAUGGAAAUAAUGAAACCACAUCAGUCUGCAUUGAAAAGAAAUGGAUUCCUGCGCAUGUUAAAUGUCACAAAAUGUGUGACAAAUUAUACUCAAAUCAAUUGAAUGUCCAUCUUGAGUGCUUCCAAGGUAACAAAUCUAUCCCAUGUGAAGAUAAAUCAUUGAUAUCCGGCUCGAGAGUUCGUUCCACUUGUAAAUAUGCACAUAAAUAUGACAACUACAAGAACACCUAUCAAGAAAUCAACUGUGGAGAAGAUGGGAAAUGGGAUGCUGCUCUGAUUCCUUGUAUUUCAGGUUGCGAGAAAAACCCGGAAAGUCGCUAUGAGCCACCAUGGCACGUGAUGAUCUUGCAUAAUGUCUUGGAAAAAACGUAAGGUUGUUUUGGCACCAUCAUAAGCCCUCGGCUGAUUCUAACAGUGGAAUCCUGUUUAUUUCUUGGAAUGGAGUUGGGUUACAAAGGAGAUGCUGAUCCACAGCACUAUUCACUUCUGGUGGCCAGAUUCCCCCAGUACCAACGUUUAUAUGAGAUAGCUGAAUUUCAAUAUUUCAAUCAAACCAAAUUCGUCUACAGCGUGAAUCGUAGCCUAACGCCGAUGAUCGUAGUUCUGAAAGAAAAACUAGAUUUCAAUUCUUUCGUUUCACCAGCUUAUUUUCAAUGGGAAAAUCCGAGUAGAUUGGAUAUGUGGAAUGGAACAGCAAAGGUAUCCAAAAAUCGGCUCCUAACAUCAAAUGAGUUCAGUACUCCUUCUUUAAUUGAAACAUUGCUCACAAGACCAACCUCCAACAGCGUUAAAUUCUCAAGCCAUAUUGCGUGUAAAGAAAGAUGGACAUACCCAUAUUUAGCCAUUUUUUGGGGAUUUGUUUUAGAACAGAACUCUGUAGGAGUCGAUGAAAGUUUUUUAUACGAUAAAAAUUUUAUGUGCCUAGAGUAUGAAAAUGAAUCACAGCCUUAUAUUGGAAGUGGUGUGGUCGUCGAAGAAAAUAAUUGCAAUUUUAUUCGAGGAAUCAUGGGGUUCGAAUUAGAUGUAACAAAAAGUGUUUACAAAAUCAAUGAAACUCUACAUAGUAAAGAAUUCGAACUAGCUUUCAAGUGUGAUGAACCAAUUCCAGCCAAUUUAACUCAAUUUGAGGAACGUAUAAAAUUCUUUUGUAAUGUGACUAGCCGUGUGGCAAAAACAACAGAAAACACAAUUGGAAAUAAGCUGUACAGGCAGCCGAAAAUUGCUGCAUCUAUUGAUAUAGCUGACUAUAUAGGUUGGAUUAAAACGGUACGCGAUGAAAUUGAGAAUCAAUAAUUACCUACCUAAUUAUUUUUGCAAGUGAUGAGAAAUUUAAAAUACUUAUGUUGUUAAAUUUUAAGCAUACCACCAAAAUGUAUAAAAUAAUUAUAUAUAAAGAGCUGUUUGUGUUUUUAAUAAUUAUGUGAGAAGGUUAAGUAGGUACCUAGACCUACAUACAUCAAACAAACUUGUCAAGAAUAAAAUUUUCAACAACUUUACAAA